AUGGAGGAGGAGCUGGCUUGGGAGACCCAAGGCUUGCUUCCCCUGGAGAGACAGCUCCAUGAGGCCUCACGCUGGAAUCAGGUGGAGAGGAUGAAGGAGCUGUUUGAGAAGAGGGUCAACAUCAGGGCUAGAAACCAUGUGGGCAGAGUGGCCCUACAUGGGGCUGCAGGUGCUGGGCAUGAGCAGGCUGUGCGGCUGCUCCUGGAACACGGGGCUGCUGUGGACGACGUGGACUCGGUAGGGAGGUGUGUGUGUGUGUGUGUGUGUUUUGGGAUGACCGCACUCCUCCUGUCUGCCUGGUUUGGCCACUUGCAGAUUGUACAGAUCCUGGUCAAUGCUGGGGCCAAGGUCCACUGUGAAAGCAAGGAUGGCUUGACCUUACUACACUGUGCUGCUCAGAAAGGCCACAUGCCUAUGCUGGCCUUCGUCAUGGAAGAUCUGGAAGACGUGGCCUUGGACCAUGCAGACAAGCUGGGAAGGACAGCAUUUCACAGAGCUGCUGAGCAUGGACAGCUGGAUGCUCUGGACUUCCUCGUGGGCUCUGGCUGUGACCACAGUGUCAAGGACAAGGGUGGAAACACAGCCCUGCACCUGGCUGCCAGCCAGGGCCACAUGGAUGUGCUACAGAGACUUGUGGACAUUGGGCUAGAUCUGGAAGAACAAAACACGGAAGGCCUGACUGCUUUGCAUGCAGCCACUGAAGGGAUCCACACAGACUGUGUGAUGCUUCUUCUCAGAGCUGGGAGCAACGUGAAUGCCCUCACCCAGAAAGGGCUGAGCUGCCUCCACUACGCAGCCCUCUGUGGCUCUGAAGACAUGUCCCGGGCACUCAUCGAGGCAGGAGGGUGCACAAAUGUGGCUGACAAGCAGGGCACUACUCCUCUGCACCUCGCUGUGAAGCACAACUUUCCUGGCCUUGUCCAGCUCCUCAUAGAUGCCCACAGUGAUCUGGACGCAGUGGACAUUAAGCAGCAGACUCCCCUCCACCUUGCUGCCGAGCAUGCCUGGCAGGACGUAGCAGAGAUGCUCUUCAUUGCUGGCAUUGACUUAAGCUUGAGAGAUAAGCAAGGAAAAACAGCCUUGGCAGUGGCCGCCCGUAGCAACCAUGUCAGCCUCGUGGACAUGAUCAUAAAAGCUGACCGUUUCUACCGAUGGGAGAAGGACCACCUUUCAUGCAGGGAUGGCAGUCACCUCUCUCAGAAGAACUUAACCUUUAAGCAAGACCAUCGGCAGGAAACGCAGCAGCUCCGCUCCGCGCUUUGGCAACUGGCCUCCCGGUAUCUGAGGCCCAAUGAGUGGAAGAAACUGGCCUACUCCUGGCAGUUCACAGAGGCUCAUGUCUGUGCCAUUGAGCAGCAGUGGACAGGAACUAGGAGCUACCAGGAGCAUGGUCACCGGAUGCUGCUUAUCUGGUUGCAUGGCGUGGCCACAGCUGGGAAGAACCCCAGCAAAGCACUAUUCGAGGGCCUUGUGGCCAUUGGCAGGAGAGACUUGGCCGAUAUUCUGAAGAACCGCAAUGUAUCCUCUUAG